ACUCCGACACACCAGCGUGUCAUAAAUCGUGGGCCGUGCACCAUGCGCCGUCAGUUCUGACACAACACGGACUGUGAGCCCCCUUCUUUCUCUGUGUCUCCCUCUCCAGUCACUGCCACUCUGGCGCACGUUUUAUAAAAACAUGCGCCUCGGUGCAUGGAGGGGAUUUGUGUGUCGCAUUAGAUAACGCUUCUCCACGCCUUUGUGCUCCGUCGCGGUGCAGCACGAGCACGUUUACCACCUCCAUAAACCCCCCAACCCCAGUUCCAGUGUGCUCCUGAAGAACAGUGCUGUGGAGAUGGAAGAGCAGCACGAGCCCGAGAGCCCGGAUCCGAGUGAGCCGGUGCAGCUCCCGCACAGGACCACCAACUUUUUCAUCGACGACAUCCUCCGGCCGGACUUCGGCUGCAGGAAAGAGCGCCAAACGGGCACGGGAGAUCAGCAGGCUCGUGCGAUCGCUGACAGACCCACAGUGCCCGGGACUCCGGACUCUGAGUGCUGCACCGACAGCGUGUCCUCCUCUUCCUCCUCCUCCUCUUCCUGCUCCUCCACGGUGUCCUCACCUCCGCCUAAAGCAGGAGGAGAAGCGGCGGUGGGUAAGGAGUUCCAGCCACUGCUCUGGCCUGCCUGGGUUUACUGCACCAGAUACUCGGACAGACCCUCAUCUGUCUCCACACAAGGCCCGAGGACCCGGAAACUGAAGAAGAAGAAGAGCCAGGCGGAGGACAAGAGACCCAGGACUGCGUUCACGGCCGAGCAGCUACAGAGACUGAAAACCGAGUUUCAGCUGAACCGGUACAUCACGGAGCAGCGGCGGCAGGCGCUCGCGCACGAACUCAACCUGAACGAGUCUCAGAUUAAGAUCUGGUUUCAGAACAAACGCGCCAAAAUCAAAAAGGCGAGCGGCUCUAAGAACUCUCUGGCGAUGCAGCUGAUGGCUCAGGGCCUGUACAACCAUUCCACCACCACCGUCCAGGAGGAGAGCAGCGACUGAGAGCCAGAGGAUAACAGGCGAUAAUCAGGUGCUGAUUAAAUCGUGAGAAAAGGCUGGACAGCAACAUGUGCGAAAAGCGGACUCGCAGCAAAGCCUCGCCUCCUGGACCUUUUUAUUCUCACAUAACAUCUACACCAGUACACUCUGUCGGUCAGGCGGACUGGACCUCUGGACUGUUUAUUUCUCUUUCUGUCUUUCUUCUUUUAGGCCUAUAGUUAAGCCAGUAUUAGUGACACUCACUACUUUUUCUGAAACUCAGUCGGUCUGACAGCCUCAUACCAAAGAUUUUACCAGAUGAGAAUAUAUGUAGGAUGUAGACUGAGCCCUGAGCGCAGGGAGGUGUUUUGGCACACAAAUGGAAAACUUAUUUCUGCACAGGCUCGGUAUCAGUGGGUAGCCUCACUAUCAGAAAGCAUAUUAUUCUACUUGAGGUAUUCACACCUAUAUGUCCAAAUAAACUUUUUAUAGGAGAAAUAUAGCCCUUUAUAUUCCUUUAUAUAAUAACGUUUUCUUUAUAUAAUUUCCAGACCAGUGAGCUACUUCACGACGGAGAAAGAAAAGUCUAGUGUUUCUGCAGAAUCUUCGCUCCUACUGAACUAAAGGCUUAAGAAGACAGAAAACGAAAUGUAGUCAUUUGAUGUGACUCUUGGUCACAUUUGUGAGGAUAUGACUUCACAAAAACAGGAACGAUACGCUAUUUUUCACAUUUCAAAGUCAAACUCAUAACAGUUACUUUCAUAAACUAGCACACGAUUGGACAUAAAUCGGCGUGUUUACGUCUCGUGAAGUGAAUAUAAAUGCACAGGCCAAGUAUCUGCAUAUAAACUACUAUAUUUGUACUGCAUUUGUAAUCCGGGUUAUAAAGUCUUACCUGAUGAGACAAUCCUGACACUGAACUGACUCUAAUCAAACUAGACAAGGUCAUUAUGGACUUGUGUGUGUGUGCGCGCGCGCGUAUGUAAAAAUAUACAGUAUGUCAGCAGAAAUAAAAUACACGUUUUAUUUAGAAUGGCAGAAACAUGGCUUCAGACUACCACUGGUCAUUUGCUGCUCUGUCGUGUAAAAUGCAGGUGACAUUCAAAACAAUUCAAAAUGAGCAGCUGGCUCUGCUGACUCGGUGAAAAGGGGGAAAGCUCGCACUUUAAUCAUACUCUGAAAUACAGUUUACGAUGCACAAAGCGCGACGAAGUCUUCAGGACACUCGUCUAUUUUUUAACGAUAUAACUAACCAGCAUACCCUAUAAUAACCAAACAACAAUGAAAUAUUACACUACAGUCUGUUUAGAUCACUGAAUAAUGCCUGCAGUGCAAGAACAAAUGAAAUAUUUAAAACAGAAUCUAAACAUUUAAAUAACGUAUUAAAACGCACUUAGCAUAGUCACAACAACACAGGAUUACAGCUCUUAAUUCUUAACAAUACUAGCCUGAUAAUAAUAAAUUAAACGCUAGAUUUAUAUGAGUUCACGGCACAGGAGCGGAGUGUGAGAGUGUGAGAAAGUCACUGAUCAGUGUAUCUGUUCAUCGAACAACACACAAUAACAGACCAUACACAACCACAAAAAUAAGGUACCUGAGACAAGCGAUGUAAGGUUUAAAAUCAAUUAAAAUAAACAACAACAGCAACAACAAAACAACAACAACAAUAAUAAUAAUAAUAAUAAGAAGAAGAAGAAGUAUAACAGAUGAACAAGAAAAGAGUGAAAAGCAGCCUUUACCCAUAAAGUUUAGCCUAUAUUUAGCCCUGUGGAAGGAUUCAGACUGACCCGGAUUGAGAUCUUUAUUACACUGUAAUUUGAUGACUACAGUCUCCUGUGCACUGUCGUGUCUGAAACGGCCAUAUUAAUCACAGAGAUAAUGAAGAUGAGUGAUUUUACUCUGUACUGUAACAGAGUGUCGCUCCGAAUGUAAGUUUUUUAUCCCGCUUCGCCGGAGGACACGAGUUCAACUGCCUCAGUCUCAAAACUGAAUGCAGGGUUUUUUUACUCCUUUAACUCCAGACUUAUUACUCAGCAGCUCACAUGCAAAUGCUACAGAGGAACAUUCACUCUCUCUCUCUCUCUCUCUCUCUCUCUCCGUCUGUGUGUGCAAGGGUCUAUGGCAUUAAGGUACAGGUCAAUGAGAACAGCAUACCACUGAUUAAAGUAUUUGAAUUUCCAAUUAAA